GGAACGAGCGGCGGCAACAGGAGAGCGAGACACGGCGGCCAAGCCUUCCGGAGCCGCAGAACCGGAGCCCGAGAGGCGAGGAGGAAAUGACCUAGAGGCCUUAGAAAUACGUUAGUGCUGUCCUGCUUCAUACUGCAACUGAGUGCAUAAUCAAUCUGGAAGCAGCACUUGUUUCCGCUUCGAUCCCAAACUACCUCACCAAGGAUUUAAAAACCCAACACGUAUGAAGGGAGGAGGAGGAGGAGGCAAUUGUGAAAUCUGCAAGAGCAUAGGCACUUGUCAGUUUUUUUGUUGUGUUAAAGUUGAAACACUACAUCCAAAUGAGCUACGUUUGACCGACUGGAUCUGUCAAAAAUUCUUUGAAGAACUUGAUCACGGGACAAAAGUAAUGUGGACUGCAUUGAGUAAUAGUCCGAGCACUGAAUAGUUAAUAUUUUACGUUUAACUUUCGCUGUUGAUCAGUGUGUUAGUCCAUUUUAGUAAGUCUGCGAAUCUUAUUUUUCUUGGAGUUUACUUUGCAAGUGCUUUUGUGUUGGAGCUAGCAAGAGUGUUCCAUCAACAUUGUGUGAUUCAAAACAGAAAGACAAUGCUUUGUUACUAGUUUAACUGGUGAGCUGAUUCCCUUUUUUGGGUUUGGUUUCUUUCACUGCCAGCCCACGUUCUUUAGGGUGUAAAAUGGCAUUGACUCCUCCUGUUGACCAUUGUCACUGGUUUUGUUCUAAUAAUCGGAAUAGUGAGAGGCUGUGCUAAACCCUUCAUGCAUUACUGUGCAGCUUUCUGAGAAGCAUGAGCCGCCGAUGAAUGUGCAAUUCGGGGACAAAGCAACGGUAAUCAAUUCUGGAAAACUUCUCUUUUUUUUUAUUAUCUCUCCAUACUUGACUGGUCGCAGCAGGGCUGCACUGACAGAAGACUAAUAGAUUUGACUGUUUCAGGAAUCAUCUCCUGUGCUGACAGACUGUGCACGUGUGAAACGCUUGCCUUCGGAUAUACGCUAGAGCUAUAAUUAUGUAUGUGAUACUCUUGACUCUUUUUGCAGAACUUUCCAUGUUCAAAGUUGUUUGGGACAUUUAAUCAGAAAAAUAAUUGCUACCUAAAUAAGACGAUUUACUCAAAGAAAAGGGCAAACAACAAACCCACAGAAAAAAAAACAUUACUUAUGUAUUGUUGCAGUGCUCGGGAAAAUAAAAUGGACUAUAAGCGACGGUUUCUGCUUGGCGGGUCCAAGCAGAAAGUGCAGCAACACCAGCAGUACCCAAUGCCUGAGUUAGGCAGGACCCUGAGCGCACCUAUGGCAUCCACCGCUGCUGUGACACCUCCUUUGACACCCACCACCCAGAUAGCAGAUAUCCAACAGGGAAUCUCCAAAUACUUGGAUGCACUGAAUGUGUUCUGCCGAGCCAGCACGCUCCUCACCGACCUCUUCAGCAGUGUUUUUCAAAAUUCACAUUAUUCUAAAGCAGCUAUGCAACUGAAAGACGUGCAGGUACAUGUCAUGGAGGCAGCAAGCAGACUCACAGCAGCAAUAAAACCAGAAAUUGCGAAAAUGCUGAUGGAACUGAGUGCAGGGACAACAAACUUCAAAGACCAGAAUGACUUCAGUCUUCAAGACAUUGAGGUGCUAGGCCGAUGUUUCUUGACAGUCCUGCAAGUCCACUUCCAGUUCCUGUCCCAGGCAUUGCAUCGAGUUCAGCCCGUAGCCCACUCGUGCUUGGCAGAGGCUCAAGCCCAGGAGAGGAAGAACGCAAUGGGGAGUGAAACCAUGAAGGUUGGUCGUGUGACGGAAUUGGACGAAGCUGUAAAGUCCUGGGGAGGAGCAUCAGAGGCAACUUCUCGUCUCCGUGAGAAAGGAAGUGAUGGAUGCCUAGCUGGUAUUGAAGUACAGCAGCUGUUCUGUUCUCAAACUACCACAAUCCCUGAGCAUCAACUGAAAGAUUUAAAUAUGAAGAUUGACAGUGCUUUGCAAGCUUACAAAGUUGCUUUGGAAAGCUUGGGUCAUUGUGAGUAUGCAAUGAAGGCUGGCUUCCAUCUGAACCCUAAAGCUAUCGAAUCAUCAUUACAGGGUUGCUGCAGUGAGGCUGAGGUGAAGCAAGCAGGAAGGAAGCAGUAUCCUGCUCAACCCCUUCAGUGUGAGCUACCCACUGUACCUGUACAAAUUGGACCCCACUUUCUGAAGGGAGUCUCCUUCAGUGAGUCUGGAGCAGAGAAUCUGAAGCUUAAAAUGCAAGCGAUGGUGCAACUUAUUAAGGAGGCAGCUGGACAGAACGAAAUCUCACCGCGAGAUGAGUCUCCGACAGAGAUCCUCAAUCAGGUCUGCCCCUCAACAUGGCGUGGUGCCUGCAAAACUGCUGUGCAGUUGUUGUUUGGACAGGCAGGAUUGGUGGUGGUGGAUACAGCCCAAAUCGAGAAUAAAGAAGCUUACGCCCCACAGAUCAGCCUGGAGGGCUCCAGGAUUUUGGUUCAGGUCCCUUCAACAUGGUGUUUGAAGGAGGAUCCUGCCACCAUGUCUCUCUUACAGAGAUGCCUGGACCCUGAGAAAACCCUCGGGCUGGUGGAUGUGUUGUACACAGCAGUUUUCGACUUGGGCAGAUGGAAAGAGAGAAGGGAGCAGGUUUUGCCGAGUAUCCAGAUUCAGCUACGACGAGAGUGCACUGACUUUGGGACUCAUGUGGAUCUUCCCACGGCGAAUGGGGCUAUUGUCAAGUCCUCUGGUGGACUGCAGAAGACUUUUGCGAAACUUACCUCUCGUUUUACGAAGCGAAAUUCCUGCAGCAGCAGUACGAGUAACAGUAGCAGUAGUGGUGGGAGCUUUUCGAUCCCAAGUACACCUUCUAAGAGUAACUUUUCCAUUAACAGCUCUGAGGAGGAGCGGAAAACCAAGCUGCCCAACCACUCUGAUUUGAGACUGCAAAGCAUUUUGAACAUUGGAAGUUUCCCAAAGACGGUUGACUCGCAGGAAGCUUCACGAAGCGCGUCCAACCCGAUAGUCAAUGGUUUCUCUGUGGACAAGAGAGAGAUAUUCUACAAAGGGGAUGAUGUGAAGGAUGAUCAAGGCAUAAAGUUGCCAAGUGACCAGGAAAUGCAGGAUGUUAUUGACUUUCUGUCUGGGUUCAACAUGGGCAAAUCCCAAAAAGCUUCACCUCUCAUUAACAGAAGGAAUUCAGUUACAGCACCAGAGCGAAAGUCAGCUACCCUGCAGCAAUCGCAGACUGUACCCCACGCUCCAUUGCCGAAUUCUCAUCAGGUCGCGCAGCGCCAACAUCAGCACCAGCAACAGCAGCAGCAGCAGCAAUUGCAAUAUUACCAGCACCUCCUCCAGCCAAUUGGGCAGCAACCACCGCCAGCAAGACCACAGACCCCUCGGGCUCCUGGGAAAUGGCCCAAUAGUUCGUCUCAGCAGUCAUCACAGAGCCCAGUUUCCGGACUAUCUCCAAUUGGGUCUGUGAGCCAGUGGAGCAAUAUUGCUGUGCAUUCCGACUUGAGUUCAGACUUGUACAGCCUGGGUCUUGUUGGCAAUUACAUGGAUAACAUCAUGGAUAAUGUCAUGUCGGACAUGCUGGGGCCGAAAGUGGCAAACACCAGGAAUAACACAUGGCCGAACCGGGUCCAGAGUGAUGGGGUAUUUGGAAUGCUGGGAGACAUUCUGCCUUUUGAUCCUGCAGUUGGGUCUGACCCAGAGUUUGCCCGGUACGUGGCUGGCGUUAGUCAGGCAAUGCAGCAGAAGCGACAAGUGCAGCAUGUCCGCCGACACAGCACUGCCAGGACUAACUGGCCUAUUACUGAUGAACCUCACCGGCCCUGGCAGCCAUCAGAGUGCUUCACUGAGGGAGAUAUGAUGAGUUGGUCAGGGACCCAGGGAGAUUCUGCCAGUUCCAGUGAUGAGGCUUCUUCUGCUAAUGGAGACAGUUUGUUCUCCAUGUUCUCAGGGCCUGACCUUGUUGCUGCUGUCAAACCACGAAGAAAACACAGCAGUGGUGACCAAGAGACUUCUACUCUGCCAUCUCCUCCAGUCUUACACACACCAGAUGAUUUUAGCCAGUUUCUUACACAGGACAAUAAAACCAAGACCUGGCCUCCGAAGGCUCCCUGGCAACACUCAACAUCCCUCACCAACACGAUGCCCAAUCCUGGUACUUCCUUGUAUCAGAUUGUGAACCCAGUCAGCCAAUGGAAUGACUCCAUGCAAAUUCUCCAGUCUCCCGUGUGGUCAACAACCAAUGACAACUCUGCUUCCACAGCAAUUUCUUCCAGUUUCUCCUUCACACAGCAGCAGCAGCAGCAACAGUCUCAGCAGCAGCAAGUUUCCCAGCACAAAACCAUGAACAAGGGCUUCAAAUCCUACCCCAUCAAGCAGGAACGGAGACAGUCCUAUCUUCACCAAUACUGAGUGUUUCGACAUGGUUUAACAAGGGUUCUGUAUUCUAGUGAAUAGUCAUGUGGCUUUUAAGUGCUGUGAGUGAGGUAGCCCUGCCACAUAACUGUCUUGAUUGGUCCUUGUUGGUUUGUUCUGCACUUUCUAACUGCUGGUCGGAGGUAAACCAGAUGGAGACAGAUUGUCAUCUCUGCCUCUGUUCAGAUCACCCUGUAGUGUGUUGCCAAUGGGGGAUGCUGUCCAUUUAUGAUGGUAUGGAGUCAGGACUCUGUGUGUGUGAGACUUCUCCUGCUCUCUUGCUACCUCCAUUCAGUGUUUGGAGAUGCAUGGUAGUGCCUUUUGUACUCCAAGGCAGCUCACUGACCAUCAGGCUGUUGUUUACACCUGAACCCGGCUCUCGAGCUUGAUCACUGGGGAGCCUGGCACAUUAGGUGGU